CGGAAGCAAAGCGCGAGCAUAUUCCACGUCACUUGAGGUGGAUUUAGCGCGAGCUAUCAGGGGUUGUGACAUGAGAAUUUAGCGCUUUGACGUGAAACUCGCCGGAUGUGAUGCCACGAGCAUUGCGGCUUCACGCUCAAACUGACAGCGAAGGGAAUCUCAGCGGGUUGUAAACACAGGUUUCAUCUCAAGAGCAUCUGAUCUGGUGCUCGAUUUAAAUGGGCGAAUCAGGGACACGCCGCUCCACCCUGGUCUCCAGGCUUCCCAUCUUUAGACGUAGCGUGCGAAAGAGGCAGGACUCGCUCCCCUCCUCGCCCUCCUCCGGUGGUGUCGGCAAUGGCGUCCACACUUCCUCUCCCUCCAGCACCAAUUCCAGCUCCAGCAGCACGAGCAAACGCCGCAGCCUCUUCCGCACACCGUCCCUCAGCUUCCACAGUAAAAGAAACAGCGACCCGAUCCAGCUCAGCCUGGACAAUCGCAGCCAGGGAUCUGAAGCCACUUUUCGAGACUGUUCCAUCUCAAAGACGCGGCAUUCAUUCGGAUUUGGCGGACACAAGAAGAAGAUCACCCGAUCUCACACGGAAGACCUCGAGAAAGCGCCCACAAGUCGCAAUGUGUUUAUUAACUGCAUCAGCUCAGGGACCAAUGAGGGAGAUGAUUCAGGGUUCCUCGAUGAUGUGAGCAGCAAGAGGUCUUCCAAACACAAGAAGCAGCUGCUGCCCAAGUCCUUAUCAGCUCACCAACGGUUUUCUAAGAACUUGUCCAAUGUCCCAGACCAGGGUAAAGGGCAGGAUGGUGUGGAAGAUCCUCCUAAAACUGGUACCCCAGGUUCCUGGCCUGGAGAACUGGCUGAGAGUUCUCUACAGUCACCCAUGAUCUCAGAAGACCGCACCACGGCAAUAACACCAUCUGAUUUUGUUCAUGUUACCGAAGAUUCUGUUUCGGAAGUGGACGCUUUGCCAGCCCCUAGUCCAGUUGCUCCAACCGAAAACUUCAGCCAAGCUGUUUCUACCUCGCCGGUGUCUUUCACCCCAGCCCAGGCCAGCACGGAAAAGCACUUACUGCCAGAUACCAGCCACACAGCUAACACGCAGUGUGACAGCACCACUGCCCAUACCGAACCUGUAACGCUGCAAACAGUGAAAGAGCUGAACCCUAACACUAACCCUGACCAGCCAGAGGCCAGUGAGAAUGAGCAAGCUCCAGAACUGAGCGAGGACAGCAGCUCCAAUCCAAACGCCUGUGAGAGGCGGUCCAGGAACACUGUGCUCAUCCAGCAGGCAGCAAGAUCAUCAGGCCUGAGCAAACUGGAGACCAGGCCAAGUCACCUGAGAAAGCCGCACACAGUGUCCAUGUGCAGCAGCGUGAGCCCAUACCAUGAGGUGAUGCGCAUGGAGAGACGUCUGCGGUCGGCCUCUGAGGGUGCAGGAGGACCUAUACUUCACCUCAACCUCAGGGAUCCUCACUGCAUGGAGGGCAACAAUUUAUCCAAGCAGAGAACCAGUUCCUCAUCUUCCAAACUAGGCAGCCUGGAUGUUUUGAAUAACCUUGGCUCAUCUGAGUUGGAUGAGGAUGACCUGAUGCUGGAUCUUGACCUCUCUGAUGACCAGCGAAAUCACCAUGAUCAGUGGUUCUCUGCUGGUUUUGCUUCAGGACCCAGAUUACACAUUGGACAAGUGGCGACCCAACAAACCUCACGGGAGGAUUCCAGCCAUUCCCUUGCAUCAUGCCUCAACCUGCUGCCUUCACCCCUGGAGGCCUCCACCGACCGGACCCCUGGAAGAGAUCCUAAGGAGCCCCCCCUCAGGGAGCAGCGGCCGAUGUCCCUCUGUCUGUCUCGUGAUGAUGAACCUUUGCCCGGGCUGGAAGCACUACCGUUCAGGCUGAUGCAGCAGGACUGCACAGCGGUAAAGACUCUUCUGCUGCGGCUACGCAGGACCCUGCAGGAGAGCGCUGAGAUCAGUCCUGCUAGCAGCCUUCACUCUCUACCCAUAAGCCCCUGCAGUGAGAAAUCACUCCCAUUUAAGGAUCCUGGGAGAGAAGAGAACCAGAUCCUGCAGCAGCAGCUGAAGGAGAAAGACGAGCUCAUUUUACGACUUCAGACUGAGUUGGAAUCCACCCGUGCUGCUCUGAAAUCUCUUUGCCAAAAAGCUGACAAAAGCACUCAGACAGAUUUCUUACUCUCAGAGGCAAUCCAUCCAAGUCGACCCACAGGCCAAAACAGCAACAUUCCCAGCAGCAGCCUCUCAAGGGAGCGAAGGCCGGCACGAACGUCCGCUUCGGACCAGCACAGUCGGCCUUGUGAAGAGAGGGCUUGCAGCAAUGGUGGAGUAGGAUUGCGGGAGCCGCUACGGAGAGCUGAAGGUGGGCAGUUCGUGUCUGAGGUAUCCGGGCCCCGGAAGACGGAGCAACCGGGGCCGUCUCAGAUCCCUCGUGCCAUGGCAGGCAGCAGCGUGAGCCUUCCCAGCAAAGCCAGUCCCUCACGCAGCCUGUCCUCAGACAGCGAACGGGGGCCACGGAGCGAGCGAUGCCCUAUUCCCAGGCUUCAGUCCUCCUUUACUGGCCGUCUGGGUCAACCGCCCCGUGGGCCUCUGUCUUUACACAUGUACAGCCGAAAGAACGUCUUCCUACAGCAUUCGCUCCAUACAGCCGAACUGCAGGCUCUCGCUCAGCAGGACGGUUGAAAGCACACACACCGAACACUGACACAUGCCUCAGAUGGAUACGAGUUCCUGCGUGACCGCGAGUACCUUCAGACCCACAUGUACUCAGUUACAUUUAAGGCUAUAUUACCUCUCAAACCUCAACCACACACCGAGACUCUUCUUAUCCUUCGUGGAGCUAAAGUAAUCAUCUAUAUUAAGUGUCAAAACCAAUCCGUCGUCUGCACUACUUAAGCCUUUUGAAGAAAUAGUAUAUGCUGCUCCAAUAAGUACUUUAGAUUGACGGCCCAUUAAGGUGAGAGAUUCACUCGCUACACCAUCACAUUGUACAGUUCUGCUGAAAUGCUAGAGGAUGUCGACAUUUUGCAUCCCAUUAUAUCAUUAAAAGAAAUACAGGGUCCAACAUUAACACUUGCCAAGACUCAAAUUCAAGUAAAAAAUUUGUUUUGGCAAGUUGAUUUAAGUAUUUGCCCAGUAACUCUAUUAGGAACUCUAACAUUAUGUGGUUUAUAUUGAAUCUGACCUUUCCUGCUGUAAGCGAUCAAUUAAAUUACAGACAUAAGAAUGGUCUAUUAAAACCAAAAGUUUCUUUUGUUCUCCAAAUCUCCAUUUGGUGACAAAUUACCAUUCAAAUGUUUGGGGUCAGGACCAUUUUUUCAAUGUUUCUGGUUGCUUAUGCUCACCAAGGCUUUUUAUGUAAGUAAGAGUAUGAUAAAUAGUAAUAAUUUAAAAUAACUUUAAUAUAUUUUAAAAAGUAAUUUAUUCUUGUGAUGGCAAAACUGAAUUUUCAGCAGCCAUUAAUCCAGGUCACACGAUCCUUCAAAAAAAAAAAAUAAUAAUAAUAUGCUGAUUUGCUGCUCUAGUAAAAUUUAUUCUUAUUUUCAAGGUUGAAAAGUGUUGUGUUGCCUAAUAUUUUUCGUGGAAACCGUGGUAUUAUUAUUAUUAUUAUUAUUAUUUUAUUUUAUUUUAUUUUUUUCAGAAUUGUUUUUAAUGAAUUGAAAAUUUGGAAGAACAACAUUUAGUUGAAAUAGAAAUCCUUUGUAAUAUUAUAAACGUGUGUAUUGUCACUUUUGAAUGAAUCAACUGAAUGCAUCCUUGCUGAAUAAAAAAUAAUCUCUUUUUAAAAAAACAUACUGUCCCAAACAUUUGAAUGGUAUAUGUAUUUGAUAAUGUUACUCAUAUUAAGCAUUAAGCAUUGUGAACAAAAUUAUGUUUUUGUGGAAGAUGCGAGAAACUGGCACAUGUGAAAAAAGACUAAUUUUGUACUGGUCAUAAAAAUACAGCUUCAAGACGAGUACCAAAAAUGUUUGGCUGGUUUCUCAAUUCACCCAAAUCACCCACUUUUUGUGCCAAAAAGUUAAUUUUGGACCCUGUAGAACCUUUAUUAAAGUCUUCAAAACUUUUUUAACUCCAAGUCUUAGCCUAGACUCGCAACUAUAGACUUCCUUAUUAGAUUAAGCCCAAUCAAUAGUGAUAUUUAUAAUAGUAGGUCACACAAAUAGUCUGGCAUGUGGUUUUGCACCAGGAAACAUGACACUGAAGAACCACGCAUAUAUUGCCAAAUCAAUCCUCAGUCGAAGAGAGGGCAUUGAAACUCUUGCUGCCGGUAAGAAUUACCCACGUGUUGUCAGACCCCUUUUAGGGAGUUUAACAUGCAUUAGCCUCUUCUAAUCGCAAGCUACCCUUUCUUUUCUUUUUUUUUCCUUUUGCUGCAAACAAAAAUAAAAGCUUUUUUCGCACAGAAUCUAAGCUAAAAUAGGUUUGACAGCCCUUGUGGAAGGACUGAGUGAGAGCCUUGAGUCGUAAACACUUAAGACAGACCUCAAGGCAGCUGAACUUCAAGAAAGAAAUGCCCUUCAUUAAUCAAAGAAGUAGAACCCUCUUUGCAGAGAAAUACAUUAUUACAUUUGACAUAGGUGAGACUUUGAAUUUUCAUUAAAAAACGAUGGCAAAUAAAUUUAAUUAAACAUGUCAGUAACUUCAGUAAGUUUAAAACUGCCAUAGACAGCCUCACACAGUGCACACUCUUAAGACAGGCGGUUUAAACGAGGAAUGGCCUCAUUUUGGCAGCGUUGGGAGAACGUUGGCGUAACGUUGGGACAGUGAUGACCCGGCUUUGCGGAUCAGGAGCUCAAGCAAGGACGCAUGGAGGAGAAGGAAACCCUGAAGAAACGCAGUCCCAUCCAUCCAGCAGGUCUGCUCCCUGAGGUCCAGUGCUCCAAUUUCAGCAAUCUGUUGGGAGCACCAUCGCUUCCUCUCUCUCUAUCUCCUUCUCCCUCCCAGACCUACUUCCAGCUCUCUGUGUGAUCAGGCUCAGGGAGAGAAAGGCUUUAGCACCGUCUCACCACUACAUGCUCCGAUACUGAAAUCACACUCCCUAAACUGGAACGUGUUUGUCUUGUUAUGGGUCCAAAAUCAAAAUUUGUUAAGAGUCCAAAAUUAACAUUUGGUAAACAAAUGUUAAAUAUGAGUAAAAUUGGCUUUGAUAUGUUCAGUAAAUAAAAUUAUUGGAAACUGGUUAUUAAGGUUGGGCUUCCGAAAUCAAAAUUUGAAUAAAAAACUAUAUAGUUAUUAUAAUCUAAUAAAUGUUUAGGGCCAGAUUUACUAAACAGGGCUAAUUAGCAUGAGAGGACAAUUCCAAAACAGCGCCAAAGGGUGUGGAAAUUUCUGCUGGUGAUUUACUGACAACGCACAAAUUGAAGAAUGCAGACACAAUAUCUCAUUUACAUAUCGACCAUCACAAUAUACCAGGCGCAGCGCAAAUUAGCGCAGUUGCAGAUAAGCAGAGCCGCAAAUGUUAGUAAAUCACGUUGCAUGAUUCAUUUGAAUACAUAUACAUUUAAAUAAAUAUGCAUUAAAUGCAUAUUCAGUUAGAUCAGGCGCAAAAAUAACUGUCCACGCCUUUUCAGCGCUAAUUAUUCACUGUGCAUCUUUAGUAAAUCCUGACUACUAUUUUAACGCCAAAAGACGGUUUGCGCUGACGCAAGCUGUUAGUAAAUCUGGCCCUUAAUGUAUACAUUUUAAAUUACUGUUGAUUUAAUUCAUGCUAUUAUUAAUAUUUUUAAAGUAUACUUUGCACAUUGUUUUAUACAUAUACAAAUAAUAUACAACUGUUUUUAUUUAAAAAAAUAAUAAAUAUACUCCAUAAAACCAUGGUCAGAUUUAUUGACCAUUUUUACUAUUUCUUUUUCCAUUUUUAAAUCUGUUUAAUUCAUGCAUCCAUCAAGUGUAAGACAAACGGUUCAUUUUGGAGCCUGCUUACGGUAUUUCAGAAUGACCUCAGGAGAGCAGACUGCUGUUAGUCAGCCAAUUUGAGACAAUUCAGCCCUCGAUAACUGCGGUCAGCAAUACUGUUUAAAUUCUGUGUGGGUGCCAGUUUGUGACUGGUGAAUGCUAAAUGCGUGUUCCCAGAGGCAGGAAUUGUCCUUGUUCCUUCCUGAGCCUCCCUUGUGUCUUUGACACAUGACUUUAAACCACACGUUUGAGCCAUGACACUUGAAGGACGGACAUUUAAACAGACUUGAAUAUGCGGGAUCAUGGGUAGAAUCCGUGCAAGAGCGGGAACUCUUGGAUCUCGAGUGACUCAAUCAUUAACAUGACUAAUAUGUGCAGUCACAUUUCUGACUUCAGAAUUCUUUAUCGUUGAAUAGAUAUUUAUUUGGCCUUAUUUAUUAUGUAAUAUUGUAAAAUGACUAUCAACUUAGGCUUUUAUUUGUUUGUAUCAAUGCAUAUAAAAUUGUCUUCGUUGCAGAUGCUGUUGCUAUGCUGAAAUCAUCUCUUACAUCAUUUUGAUUUUUUUUUUUUUUUUUUUUACAUUUCUGUCAGUAUGUACAGGGUUUGCAUAACAAUGGCACUUUUAAAAGAUUUCAACCCUAAUGAGAUUUGAAAUAACCUUUAUCUGUAUCUUUUCUCUCACUGGUGGUUUUCAUUAUGGUGUUCUGAUUUUCACUGAAUGUAAUAUAUUCAUUCAUUAAAGACUGAUAUUCAAAAAAGAAAUGGUUUUGAUACAUGCAAACCCUUGUUUUUGUUAUUAAUAGGAUGGUUUCCACAUUUAAGCUUUCCAUUAACUGUUUUUCCAGCACUGCUCCAUCAGUACACCUGCUCCUUGAUGUUUGACAUUAUUUUUAAUGUUCGAGGAGGGUGCACUGUAAGCAGUGUUACUGUUUACAAUCAUCAUCUCUGGAAACUAGGCAGGAAAAUGCUAUUGCUUUGAUGGCCUGCAGCGGUCUAAAGUAAGCCUUUCCUCUGGCCUGCCCUUGCUUCUUGGUGAAAAGGUAAAAUGGAUGUCAUCCUUCUCGAAACGUCCUCUGGAAAUUGCUUAUUGUGUUUCCUUUAGUGUAUUGCAUCAGACUAUAAGGCUCAAAAGCUUGUGUGAA